CACUUAAAGCUCCUUCCAGUGACGUCUUAAAAAGAGGCGAAGGAAAAAUAGACGUUGACUUUUGAUCCACAGCAGGUUGGCGCAUCGGACAGAGGGAAGCUUAAGCCAAGGAGAAGCAGUUUCGUCUGGCUAUACUGUUGAACGGUCGUACGUGGAAAGGAAGCAAGCUGAGGACCUGCAUCAUAAGCAAAGUGGAUAGAAAAAAAGAGAGAACAUUGCAUUCCAAUCACGUCUUCAUUUUCUCUCUCUUUGCCUCAGCCACAGCGGUAGGAGAGAGAGCAAGGGACAUAGAGGGAGAGAGAGAGAGAGGGAGAGAGAGAGAGACAGAGAGAGGGAGAGGCAGAGAGAGAGAGGGAGAGGCAGAGAGAGAGAGGGAGAGGAGAGAGGGAGAGAGAGAGAGAGCAACGGGAAAAUCUCGGCAGGAAGAGAGGCAGAGAAGGAAAGAGAGAGAUCCAACAAUCUUUAAACUAGUGGUGCUUUUUUCCGGAUGCUGUUAAAUUGCAGUGCCAAAGUAAGCCCAUAACGGAAGACACGCGGGACAUCUCACCUCCCCCGCUACACGGGCACCGCAAAAGCAGGCGAUGUGAAGUUGGAUGCCAUUAAACUGAUGCUGUGAAGUGGCUUGCCAUAGCCGUGACUUCAUCAGGUCUCAGUGAGGAUGCUGUGGGUUACCUUGCUGAGCACCAUAGCCCUAGGAUGGACCACCCCAAUCCCACUGCUGGAGGACUCGGAGGAGAUCGACGAGCCCUGCUUCGAGCCCUGCUACUGCCAAGUCAAAGAGGGCGUCUUUCACGUCCACUGUGACAGCAAAGGAUUUACGAACGUCAGUCAGAUCUCCCAGAUAUGGACGCGGCCCUUCAAACUCAACCUGCAGAGGAACUCCAUGAGGAAGCUGUACUUCAACAGUUUUCUUCACCUCAACAACGCCGUGUCCAUUAAUCUGGGGAAUAAUGCGUUACAGGACAUCCACGUCGGAGCAUUUAACGGAUUGGGAAUUCUGAAACGGCUGUUCCUCCAUGAGAACAAACUAGAGGUUUUCCGGAAUGACACCUUCCUGGGUCUGGAAAGCUUGGAAUACCUGCAAGCGGACUAUAAUGUCAUCAAGAGGAUAGAGAGCGGAGCCUUCAGGCACCUCCACAAACUCAGAGUACUCAUCCUAAAUGACAAUCUGAUACCCGUCCUGCCCAGCUAUCUAUUCAGGUCAGUGUCACUAACACACCUGGACCUGAGGGGAAACCGGUUAAAGACAUUACCAUAUAAGGGCACGUUGGAAUAUGUGGGGCGGAGCCUGAUGGAGAUUCAGCUAGAGGAGAAUCCAUGGAUCUGUGAGUGUGAUAUAGUUCAGCUAAAAACAUGGUUGGAACGCAUUCCCUACACAGCACUGGUAGGAGAGAUCACCUGCGAGUACCCCUUCCACUUGCACGGGAAAGAUUUACGAGAGAUCAAACGCAGUGAGCUCUGUCCGUUACUUUCAGAUGCGGAAAUUGAGGCCAAACUGGGAAUCCCUCGGUCUCCGUUCAACAACGAGAACACGUGGCCAACAAAACCGUCCUCCAUGCUGUCUUCGUUCCACAACACGGCAUCGUCUGUGGAGUACAAAGAGAGACAUGUCAAACCCACCAAACGGCCCAGGCCCACCAACCCUCCCACCCCUCGUAGUCUCUACCCCGGCCUGAACCAGCCCCCCAUAGCUGGCUACCAGACCCGCCCCCCCAUCCCCAUCGUCUGCCCUUCUGGGUGUAUCUGCAACCUCCAUAUCAACGACCUGGGGCUAACGGUCAACUGUAAAGAGAAGGGCUUUCAUAAUAUCUCAGAGCUCCUGCCCAGGCCUCUCAAUGCCAAGAAACUUUAUCUGAGCGGAAAUCUGAUACAGAAAAUCUACCGGUCUGAUUUCUGGAACUUUUCCAGCUUGGAUUUACUACACUUGGGGAAUAACCGGAUAUCGUACGUCCAGGAAGGGGCGUUUAUCAACCUUCCCAACCUGAAGAGUUUAUAUCUGAAUGGGAACGACAUUGAGAGGCUAACUCCCGGUAUGUUCCGGGGCUUACAGACGUUGAGUUAUCUUUAUUUUGAGUAUAACGUUAUUCGUGAGAUCCAGCCGGCAUCAUUCUCUCUCAUGCCCAGCCUUCAGCUUGUUUUCCUCAAUGACAACCUCCUCCGCACUCUCCCGACCGACGCCUUCGCAGGCACCAGCCUGGCGCGACUCAACCUCCGCAAUAACUACUUCCUGUCCCUUCCUGUGCGUGGCGUUCUAGAACACCUGCAUUCCAUCGUCCAGGUGGACCUUCAUCAGAACCCCUGGGACUGCUCCUGUGACAUCAUCCCCCUCAAAACCUGGAUGGAGAAGCUGUCCUCGGUCAUCAUGGUUAGUGAUGUCAUCUGUAAGACUCCUGAUUUAGCCUUUGGGAAGGAUCUGAGGUCGCUGGAUGCUGAAGUCAUCUGUCCAGAGCUGAAGUACUCAUCCGGACCCUCCCCAGCUCUCUUCCCCUCUGAUGACAUGACCACCGGUAGCUCUGGUCUGGGGGAGGCUGUGGGGAGGGGGCCGGUGCCUCUAUCAGUCCUCAUCCUCAGUCUUCUCGUUUUGUUCAUCUCAGCGGUUUUCGUGGCCGCGGGCAUCUUCGCCUUCGUCCUGCGGAGACGGAAGAAGCUGCCCUUCCGGAAACGCUCUGAGGUGGAUCUGACAGGAAUCCAGAUGCAGUGCAGGAUAUUGGAGGAUCCGCCGAGACAGACCAGCAGUGGAAGCAUAGGCUCACCUGAAAAGCCCCCCAGCGGACACACACAUACACACACGCAUGGUCACGUUGGCCACACACACACUCACGGUCACGUCUAUGAUUACAUUCCUCACCCUGUGACGCAGAUGUGCAACAACCCCAUUUACAAGCCCCGGGAGGGAGAGGUAGUGGAGGGGGAGGGGGUUCAGUUUGCAGAAACAAAAGAGAACAACAGUAAUUACCGAACCCUCUUAGAGAAGGAGAGGGAAUGGACCCUAGCCAUGUCUAAUUCACAGCUCAACACUAUCGUCACGGUAAACCACAAUAAAGGGGAUAUAUCGAGUUUUCACGAGAACAGUGGGCUGUGUCCCACCGUGAUUGACAGCCAGAGACCCACGCCAACUGUCGGCUUCGUAGACUGUCUGUAUGGAACGGUGCCGAAGCUCAAGGACAUGCACGUUGCACAUGCACACCCGCCUGGUAUGCAAUACCCGGACUUACAACAGGACGCACGUCUCAAGGAGACGCUGCUGUACACAGCAGGGAAAGGCUGCUACCCUGACCCCUCCCAAAGCGAUUACCUCGAGUUAAGGGCCAAACUCCAAACCAAGCCGGAUUACCUCGAAGUACUGGAGAAAUCAUAUCGGUUCUAACACACGGAGUUUAGCAUAAGCUACGUAUAAACACAAACUCUCCCUUUUUCCCAAACGGAGCAAAAUCACGGAAGAAAAACUAAACAAAAAAGCAGCAUGAUAUUAAAAUGAAAUAUUAUAUGACAAAAAGUUUUCCCCCAAAAUCGCUUUGGAGGAAAGGCCAUUCUCAGAUAUUCAAUGAAGUGCCUUUUUUCAGAGUAGCCAGCAAUGUUAUCAACCCUUAUUUUUAUAUGGAACAGAUUGGUCUAUAUGCCGAGGAGAGUGAGAGAACGAGAAAGAGGAUAGAGACACCGGGAAAAAACACAACAUCUGAAAAUAUAUCCCGUCAAACUGAACCCUUCAUGAGCUCUCAAAUGGUGAAGUAACCCUGUGCGGGAGCUGGAUGUCUCCACUGGGGCUCGUGUUUCUGUCUCGCUAUCUUUCAGGUGGAUAUAUACACGCCCGGGUGCCCUGCACAUGAAGUUAGUAGGAAAUAAAUAAAACAUUUAGAAAAUGAAUUGCAGUUUGCUGCAUGCACUCGACCCAUUGCAAUGGUGAGGGAUUUGCUCAGAACUAUCACUCACGUAUUAAUAGAGAUACUGUAACACAUUACGGUUCAGUGUUCUAUUUAAUUUUAUAUAUUAUUAUCAUUAUAAUUAAAGAGGACUACUAUAUAUCUGGGUGCAAUUCUCAAGGACGUGCUCGCCCAAGGAUUAAAAUAACAUUUGUGAAUAUAUUAUAUGAUGACGCUCAAGGUUUUCUGGAAUUUCACGCACUUUCUUAAGAACCAUGCAUCGGAUUAUCUCAUCGACAAUAACGGCUUUGUAGGGGGCACUUUUAAUGUUUUCUCUCUUACAAAGAUUUGAAGAAAAUAUGUGCAUAUAUUUAUUCUGUAAUUUCAGUGAACAUUUUAUUGUAAAGGUAAUGUUAAAUAAAUGUAUAGUGAAUAUGCGUCUGGUAUAGCCUUCUUAAUAAAAACUCUUAUAUUAAAUGAAAAGGGUGCUACCACGGAACGUUUGAGAAGAACGUAGAGGUAAUAUGUUUGGUAUGGCUCUAUACUGUGCUGUGUCUGCUAUAGCAGCAUAAUACACGGACAUCUUGAUUACAUUUGUAGUUGUGCUGCUGUGGCCAAGAAUAUGGGCAUUUGCUGCUACUGUGCAAUGGUAGCUUUUGAGGUAGGCUGAGUCGGGAAGGCGCGCACCUUCGAUAGUAGCUGGCGAUACCAAAACAAAAAGAGAAAGAGAGUGACACGUCUUUGAGAGAUGCAGAAUUGAAAAUGAGCCAAUUAAUGAAUCAAGUUUUGUCCGAAUGGUAAUGUAAAUGCACCACUGUGUUCUCAUUUCAUUGUGACUGUUUUCACAUGAAAGUUCAACGAAUUAUUUAAAAAAUGAAGGACCCACUUGAAGCUCAUUCGCUGCAGAUUGACAUUACUAAUUUUGUCCACACGAGGGAGACAGAGGGACGCUCACAUUACCGGGUUAACAAUACUGCUGGUCUGUCAGACACUAUCGCCAGACUGUUCUCUAAUCUUUAGAUGGCAAUAUGUUGAAUCCAUGACCAAAUGAAAUACUAGGCCUGUACAUUAGUCUGCUAUAUUCUAUCAAAUUGAAAAACAGUAAUCAGCAAGAGAACAUUACGUUUGCUUUGUACUAUUAAUGAGAUCAGUAGGAUUGGAGAUAUCCUGUGCAGAUAACAUCAUGGUUAUUGUUAUAUAAAGGUUUUUCUACAUCAUCAUGUAUUUGUGAAUAUCCUUAAAGAGGGAGAACAUACUUGACAGGGAAAUGGGUUUCAAGCAAUGUCAUUCAACUCAAACCAAUCGAUCAUUUGACAUUCCAACUAAUUUAAAGGCCCAGUGCAGUUAAAAACGUGAUUUCCCUGUGUUUUAUAUAUACAGUAUUUCCACUCUAUGAGGUUGGAAUAAUACUGUGAAAUUAUGAAAAUUAUGAUAAUGCCCUUUUAGUGUAAGAGCUGUUUGAAAAAUGUCUGCCUGAAAUGUCAGCCGGCUGUGGUGAGACAAAGUAUUGGCCAGACUGGUGACGUUAGUUAAUAGACCAAUAAGAAAGAGGGUUCCUCUCUGCUUUCCCCUCCCGACUCAGACCGUUCCCAGACAGGCAAAAUGAUUAUUGUUCUUUGCUUAGAAGCUAUUUUCUGUUUCUUUAUCGACCGUUUUAAUUGAAAAUGUAAUUGUUCCCCAGAAAUUAUUUGUUAUUGAUAUAAAAAUGGACCUUAAAGAUGUUACUUGUUGGUUGGGGUGGAGUCAGACAAGGACAUGUUGCAUUUUGCAGAAAGUACAGUGAUUUUGAAGAGAGAUAUUAAUGUUGAAAGGAAGGUCGUUUUCAUCGUUAAUCCACAUGCCUUCUUGAGAUUAUGAACUAUUUCUUAGUCAUCAGAAGUACAAGACCGACCACUUCUGUAAACUAUCGGUUUAUAUCAUAGUCAUUGUCUCCCCCCCAUUUGGUACUCACUCACUCACUCACUCACUCACUCACUCACUCACUCACUCACUCACUCACUCACUCACUCACUCACUCACUCACUCACUCACUCACUCACUCACUCACUCACUCACUCACUCACUCUCUCACUCACUCACUCACUCACUCACUCACUCACUCACUCACUCACUCACUCACUCACUCACUCACUCACUCACACACCGGGAUGUAACAGCUGACAUCCAGGAAUAUAACCCUUUACCACCGGCUGUGGGACCUGGACAUGCACACACACACACACACGCACGCACGCACGCACGCACGCACGCACGCACACACACACACACACACACACACACACACACACACACACACCAGAUGAGUAUACAUAUUGAGCAGGCUUUCAUCAUUCACCCUAGUCCCCAACCUACCCCCUUCCUUCUCUCUGACCACCCUAGUCCCCAACCUACCCCCUUCCUUCUCUCUGACCACCCUAGUCCCCAACCUACCCCCUUCCUUAUCUCUGACCCC